GCGUGGCUGGAGCUUGACGGACAUGGAGAAGUCCUCGCGGAAAAAGCGAGUCCUAGUUGGAGCGACAGGGAGCGUGGCGGCCAUAAAGGUACCUGAACUUGUUGAGCAGCUGCAGAAGAUUCAGGAUCCCCAGGCACUGCUGUCUUUCACAGCUGGAUGUAGAGGUUGUGGCCACAAAGAGAGCUACACACUUUCUUCGACUCGACCCGACUUGGCUGCAAGUGUCACUUAGACGAAGAUGAAUGGGUAUGGGCCUCAAAGGGGGAUCCAAUCUUGCACAUUGAGUUGAGAAGGUGGGCAGAUGUUUUCGUCAUAGCUCCUCUGGGCGCAAACACUAUGGCCAAAAUGGCCAAUGGACUGUGUGAUAAUCUACUGACUUGUGUAGUGAGAGCCUGGGAUCCAACUAAGCCGCUGCUAUUCUGUCCAGCAAUGAACACAGCCAUGUGGUCUCACCAGCUCACCUCAUGUCACAGGGAUAAGCUGUUAGGGCUGGGCUACGUGGAGAUUCCUCCUGUUACAAAGAUGCUUGCCUGCGGCGAUGAAGGGAUUGGAGCUAUGGCAGCUGUUUCAGACAUCGUUCAAGCUGUUUUGACAUCGUUGCCAAGCUCGGGGGAGGACUAAGACUAAUUAUUAGUUCACACGUGCGUAUAUACAAUAAGUAUGAUGAUACAAUAAUGAUUAUAGGUAAAUGAAAGUUCAAUGAGUCCUG